AUCUUUUGAUCAAUAAACAUCAGCUAGGACGAUAUAAAUCACGUUGAAAAAAAAAGUGAAUUAUAAUUAUAAAUGGUAAUAUAUUGAGAUCAAACUCCCCUUUUGUUUCAUGUACAUUCACCAAGUGACAUCAUUCAAUUGUGCCAGCGGGUUAUCAUUAAUUGAAAGAACGAUAAGGAAUAAAACGUGCUUAUCUCACAAUUAUCGCGAGGCACGGAUCGUCAUUGCGGAUUUGGCGAGCGCUGCCGCUACAGCAGAGUCAUCGUGGUCUCGCUCGUAGGGUAAAGAUCUCCACGACGUACGCUGACAGCUGUCCCGGACUCGGAGAGUUCCAGUUCAUCAGUGUGAGCACCGUGUCAGGUUCUUCCGGCUCUCUUCCUCGAUUCGCAUUCUUCCGGACGAACCUUGCCGCGCGAAAAUGAACCGCAUCGAGCUCGCCUAGCUACGGUAGAUCGACGGACAACAGCGGACCUCGAAGUUAAUCCACGUGAGAGUGAAACUCCGUGUCGCUUCCCGUGUAUCAUAAUGCGCGGCCUGUGCUGCACCGCUGUCGUUAUCGUUGAUUGCUGUUAAAAUUAUUCUCUCUUCCGGCUGUGGCAACAGCAAGUCCAGUCCAUCACAUCCACGUGCAAUGUAAAUACCGUCGCUUGGCCAUGACUCAUACAAGCAAUAUGGAGCGAUACAAUGCUUCCAUAUGAUUUGCAACUAUUGCGAUGGCCUCCCGAUCGCAGAUAUGAUCGCGACAUUCAAGAAACACCGAUACUUGGACAACACGUUUAGGAAUCCAUGUGUAAUAAAUAUGCACUGACGUGCACUGCGAUGUGUGAGAACCUCUUACGGUGACACUUGUCUGUUUUGUCAUGCGGAAUAGAUCGAUCAGUAUUAUCUUUGGCUCCCUCAUCUUAUGGGCUGUGGCUACAUACUUUUUAUUUUUAGACCAACAGUCAGUUGGCAAGGAUCAGGACAAGGUAAGAAGGAUAAGGAUAAGCUAGCAAAUCAAAUUAGCAGAUUGGAAAAACAAGUAAAACAACAGAUAAUUAUAAAUCAGGAACUUCUGGAAGGAAUUAAUGAGAGCAAACGUCUCAAGAAAGAAUACGAUAGGUUAAACGCCCAAUUGCCAAUAGAUGACACAAAUAAUUAUAGAAAACAUGAAGCUAAUAAGGAUAAGAGUAUAUUAUUGCAAAAGAUCGAAAACAAAAAUAAGUGGAGGAUGUCUCAAAAUGAACAGGGGCCGACACAAGAUGCCGUCUUAUCUACUGAGACAGCACACAUUACUCCUUCGAGGCAAAAGCUUCCCGAUGGAUCUCCAAUAAUAGCUAUUUUGGUCGUUUCUUGUAAUCGUAUUACAGUAGAACGGUGUCUAAAUCAAUUAAUUAAGUUAAGACCUAACAAAGAACAGUUCCCAAUAGUUGUAUCGCAAGACUGUGAUCAUCGACCAACUGCUGAUGUCAUAGCAAGAUAUGGAAACCAGUUGUUACAUAUAAAGCAACCUGAUCAAUCCGAUAUUGAAAUACCACCUAAAGAAAAGAAAUUCAGAGGAUACUUCAAAAUCGCGCGUCACUAUAAAUGGGCGUUAAACCAAAUGUUUCUAAAGCUUGGAUAUAAUACUGCAAUUAUAGUUGAAGAUGACUUGGACGUCGCGCCAGACUUUUACGAGUAUUUCCUGGGGACUUACCCUCUUUUAGUGAAUGAUAGCUCUCUUUGGUGUGUAUCAGCGUGGAAUGAUAACGGUAAAGCUGGCUUGGUAGACGAACAUGCGCCACAUUUACUUUAUAGGACAGAUUUCUUUCCUGGCUUAGGUUGGAUGCUCACGCGCGAUUUAUGGUUGGAGCUUGGACCAAAGUGGCCCAAAUCAUAUUGGGAUGAUUGGAUAAGACAGCCGGAACAGCGUAAGAAUAGAGCUUGUAUCCGCCCAGAGAUUUCGCGAACCAGAACAUUCGGCAAACUUGGAGUCAGCAACGGCUUGUUUUUUGAAAAACACCUAAAGUACAUCAAGCUGAAUGAACAAUUUGUGCCUUUUACCAAGAUGAAUCUAUCUUAUUUACUAAAAGAUAAUUACGAUAUGGCUUUCGUCAACCAAGUGUAUCAGUCGACGGUGGUUAGCUAUUCGGAAUUGAAAAGUGGAAAUAUAAUUGCCCCUGGUCCAGUACGGAUACCAUAUUACACUCGUCAGUCAUUUAAAAAUACUACCAAAUUGCUUGGUUUAAUGGACGAUUUCAGGAGCGGAGUGCCGAGAUCAGGAUAUCGCGGCGUGGUUACCUUUUUCUAUAACGGCAGACGCGUGCAUUUAGCACCGAGUGCAAACUGGAACGGUUACGAUAUAACAUGGAGCUAACACAUGAUUAUGCUCUACAAAGACUUUUAGAUUACACGGGAAUAUUAUGUGAAUCUUUUCUUUGAUAUUCAACAUCCUAGAUGAAUAUAACGCUUGUAUGCGAUGAAUUGACAGUGAGAUCUGUAUUUAAGUCUACAGUGUACGGCUACACUCUGUAGAAUUAGGUAGAAGCCGGUGUUACAUUCCUCAUGUAAUCGGUUUGGAACAUGAUCUUUCUUACAGAAAGAUGUCACAUAUGUUUCGAUAAGUUCAUAUGAUUUAUGUAUAAAUGAAUAUUACAUAUAUAGAUGUAUAUACAUAUAUAUAUAUUCAUUUACAAUACAUAUAUCAUGUAUUGUAAAUCUGCGUUUUUAAAAAUUAUAUUCGUCGUUUUUCAGUAAAUAUUUCAAUGACUCCUGAAGAAUUGAGCGUAUUUCGUGUACAUAAAAUGCCGUAGUAAUACCGAUAAAGCAAUACUCUUGAUUAAUUAUUACGUAUCUUCCAAAACGAAAAUGUGUUGAUAUAUUUUUGCUCGUAAUACAUUUGAAAAUUAAUUUUGUUAUGAAGUCAUGUGAUGUACGACAAAUGAAUGAAUAAUUUUAUCGAAAAGUCCAAUCAAA